GCCAACUCCGUUACGGAGCCGAACCGAGUCACGUGCCGGUCGAAUGUUUCGACAUGUUUCAGAACGAAAUCCUUUACAGGCUUCUCUCAGGCUCUGGUCUCUCAAGUAUAUCCCUAUCUCGCAACAUUCUACAUGAGCAUGUCGUUGGACGGCCUGCAGAAGACAGUAAAGAACAGGCAGCACUGAGGCGUUCCAGGGCGGGAAAAGCUGCAUUGGAUGGCGUAAAGUUGCUUCAAAUUGAUCUGAACCCUCAAUCUCAGAUCUUCGCGGAAUUUUUUUUUGAUGCUUCUAUCAGUCCACCUCAAGUCGCUGUGUUAGAAUGUAGUCCAUCCGCGCCCACUUUGUCUAAGGUUCCUGGGUGUCCUAUGGUCCCUGUUUCAAGGAAGCCACUAGCUAACCCCCGGGCUCCUUCAAGACCGAGGAGAAUGCGGAGGCGUGCUCGUGGAAGGCUGGUUAUCCCAGCGCCUCGUCCAGUCCCUUCCUUCUUUGUGCCCGACCCUUCCUGGGGAGGCAAAAGCGUAGGAUAUGCAAUAGGACAUCGUUCUUUCCGGAGUCAACGGGGCAUGUAUGUUCGGUCCGGGAUAAAGCGUGGUGUCACGUAUGUUGGUGUCCGUGCGAUCAGGUCACCAUCUGGUUUUGCGUAGUUAUCGCAUUCUCACUUUCCUUCUUGACAAUCUUCGUGAGCUUUUCUUAUCUCUUAAAUACUUUGCCUUCCCCAGCUCCUCCCAUCAUGCUUGAUUAUCCGUGAACAUUUCGUGAAUAGUUGAAUUCUAGUUUUUUGUGUUGUUUUUUCUGCAAUCGCAUCUCCUGCCAGCCCAUUUUGGGCCGUGUCCACUAUCCCGGUCGGAACACCCACCAGCAACUUCAUCUCCCAACUUGGUCUUAAAUAACCUAACUAGAG